GGGACGGGACGGGACGGGAGCGGGGAGUCCGGAGGGACGGCAUGGGAUGGGACGAUGGACGGGACGCGCGAAUCCGCGCUGCCGGCCCCGCUCCCCGCCGCCUUCUUGCGGGCCGGUGAGCAGUGAGUUCACCAGGGACCGCUGCUGGGUCCGGUCUCGUUCGCCGUGUCCGUGACCGACCUGCAUGAAAGGAUGGAAGCACCCUGAGCGGGUCUGGUGGUGACACGAAACGCGGGGCACUGGCUGAUCCACCCGAAGGCUGUGCUGCCGUCCAGCAGGGCCUCCAUCGGCUGGGGAACUGGGCAAAGAGAAACCUAAUGAUUUAUUAGAAUAACCUAACGAAGCUCAGCAAGAGCGAAUGUAGGAUCCUGCACCUGCAGAGGAAUAGCCCCAAGUGCCAGUGGGAUCCUGGAAUGCACGGGAAAGAGCGUGCCAGCAGGUGCAGCCAUGGUCUCCAAAAAGCAGCUGGCAGACUUUGGCUACAAGGCCUUCUCGGGCUCCAUGAUGCUGCUGACGGUGUACGCCGGCUACCUGUGCAGUGUCCGUGUGCAGAGGAUGCUCCAGCUCCGCCGCCAGCGGGAGAACGCGCCGGGGCCUGAGAGCUGAGCCCGUGCUGGGACCGGCCCCGGGAGCUGGGACUGGCCCCAGGAGCUGGGACCGGCCCCAGGAGCUGGGACUGGCCCUGGGACCAGCCCCGGGAGCUGGGACCGGCCCCGGGAGCUGGGACCAGACCUGGGACCAGUCCUGGGAGCUGGGACCAGCCCCGGGAGCUGGGACUGUGCUGGACCAGCCCCACCUUCCUGGUCCCCCCUGGGCUGGAGGAGGCAGAUGGAGUGCAAUAAAACCCGUGUCAAAGUG